AUGGAAAUCGGAAUUGAUGAUGAGGAAAGGGACUUUUUAAGGAAACAAGGACUAAUUAUCACUGCUGUAAUAGCACAAGGUGGCUUUGGCAUUAUUCUGAAAGUGUAUUCUACAUUAUAUAAAACAGAAUUUGCAAUGAAAAAAGUUCCCGAAACCAGCUUUGAUUUCAAAGAAAUUGAAUGCAUUAAAUCUAUUGAUGAUCCUAGAAUUGUUUCUUUGUAUAAUUAUUUUCAUUAUAAAGGCUUUUAUUACAUGUUAAUGGAAUAUUGCAUCACAGAUUUAGAGCGUAUAGUUCGUGAUGGAUCUAGAAUAUCAAGAUAA